AAAUUGCAGACAAAAGAACGGGGAAUUGCCAAAAAGCUGGUAAUCGCAAUCAAUCGUUUUUUGCAGAAAGAGAAGAAAACCGGAUUGCUGGUGAAUAUCCUCCCACGAAAAAUGGAUUCGACGGGGCUGGGCCUCGCCGGCGACGACCCGAGCUGCUGGGACUUCCUCGACUGCUCCUCCCUCUUCGCCGACGCCGACGGCGGCGCUCCUCCUCCCCUCCUCUGGCCGCCGCCGCCGCCGCCGCCCCAUGACCGCCGCCACCAUCCCGGCGCCGCCGCUGCCGCCGUGGGCGUCGAUUUUCCGGCGGGCGGCGUGGACUCGGCGGGGGACGAGCUCGGCGGGGCGCAGUCCUCUCGGAAGAGGGGACGCAAUGAGGCGUGCAGCCAGCCGCGCACGAAGGCUUGCCGCGAGAAAUUGCGGAGGGAGAGGCUAAACGACAGAUUUCUAGACUUGAGCUCUGUGUUGGAACCUGGAAGAUCCGUCAAGACUGAAAAACCAGCCAUACUCGAUGACGCUAUUAGAGUUUUGACCCAGCUUAAAGCCGAGUCUGAGGAGCUCAAAGACACAAAUGAAAAGCUGCUGGAAGAAAUAAAAUGCCUGAAGGCCGAGAAAAAUGAGCUUCGAGAAGAGAAACUUUCGUUGAAGGCUGAUAAAGAAAGGAUGGAGCAGCAGUUGAAAGCCAUGACUGUCCCACCUGCCGGGUUCGUGCCACCUCAUCCAGCAGCAGCGUAUCAUGCCGGGGCGAAUAAGAUGCCUGUAUUCCCCAGCUACGGAUUCAUUCCAAUGUGGCAAUACAUGCCCCCUUCAGCCCGUGAUACGUCGUCCGAUCAUGAGCUGAGGCCUCCCGCUGCUUAGUUAAGGUCAUCGGUUGUUUAGCUGAUUCUUCGCCAGACAAUAAGCUCAUGGUUCCCUCAUAUUCUGACAUGUACAUAUUGCUCUAGUUUUGAUGUGCCCCCAUUUUUGAUAAUUGUGGGGAACGCAUUUGUUCAGAGAACAUUUAAUGGAUUCUUCCGCCCCUUUCCUGUUUCUGUUUUCCUAACAUUGAUUCCAUGGACAAUAAAUUCAUCUUUCUCAGAAA